CAUGUAAGCCAGGAGGAAACCAAACAACAAUAAAGUCUGGUUGCUGCAGCAGCGGUGUGUGAUAUAUGGCAGGUAGGCAGUGGCUUAUUGGGUCCAUUGGUUCGGAUGAUACACGCCUACACUGAGGUCUGGGCCAAUGAGUGGGUUUUUAGUACCUUUGAAACACCUUCACUGACUUUUCUACGGAGGCUUUUACUUUGGUUGACAGCGCAGACGCCAUCACUUGAAGAGAGAGCGAAUUUUAACGCCACGUUUUAGAUGUUUUUAGCUAUUUAAUUAUGGACAGACCCAGCCUCCGCAGGUUAUUUUCUGCUUGUGAUGUGGACAAGUCCGGUAAGAUCGAGUACGAGGACUUCACGGUAGUCUGCCGGGAGCUCAACGUCCCCGAAAGCGAGAUCAAAACUCUGUUCGACAAGUUCGACGCCGGCGAGGACGGAUACAUCGACUACAGCAAGUUUUCCUCGAGGUUCCAGGAGGUGUCAGAGACUCUGGACCUGGCGUCUUUAGGCGCUGGGUCGUCCCAACACCAGCGGUGUCCUUGGGAAGAGUUUGUGGGCGGGAUAGAUGCAGAGCCUUUUCUUUCUGAGAGUCUCAGGGAGCAGCUGGCUGAUCUUUACCAGGCCAUUCACUCCUCUGCAAACACGACUCUGCUGCAGCAGUAUGAGGAAAUCAUCCACUCCCUGAUGAAUCAAAUCCAGGACAGCAGACUGGAGUGUGAACAGCUGGAGACUAGUUUAAGACGAGCUGAGGAGCUGAACAACAGUCAGCUGACAGAGCUGGAGGACGAUAUGCAGCAGCAACUAGCCAGAACAGAAGAGAGACUGAGAGAGGAGGAGCGAAAGAAAAUGGAGGAAAUUCUGGCAACCGUGCAGAGGAAGCAUGAGAACAAGGUCACAGAGCUGCAUGCAACUGUGGACAGACUGUUAAAGAGCCAAGAGGACUCUGAAGCCAAACAGUCAAAGGAGGAGCUGGUCAGACUGAACAGGCAAAUCGGUGAUCUCUCGCACGAAAAUGAGCAGCUUCGGACCUCACUGCUUCAGGCCCAGACGAACAUCGCCAUCCUGCACUCGGAGCUGGACAAGCUGAAGAACAUGUACGCAGACCAGAAAGUUCAACACGAGAGAGAAACAGACGAGUUGAGGAGGAUGGUUGUGGAGUACCAGUCGUAUUCCAGUCAGAUUCAGAUUCUCCAGGAAACAAACAAAAAGCUGUAUGACAGUAAUGAUGGACUGCGGUCUGCGUUGGCCAGUGCGGCUAAAAGGAGGCUGUCUCCCCAAAAUGAAAUCCCUGCCCGAAGGAUGAAACCCCUCCGACAGAGUACACUCAACCACAGCAGCUCAGAGCUAGAUUCAAGCAAAACAACCUACUCUCAUGUGGCCACCUGGGCUGAUAGGUACCUGGACAGUGGAGUCUCCCUGCCGAUGGACACAGCUGAGAGCGCAGCCAGUGAUUAUGACAGCGAUGACAGCAGGAGCUCGGUGGAAACUGUGCACCACAGCUACUCGUACGUCCCGUCUGAUGUGGAGAUAUCAGAAGUGAAAUCUGAAGCCGCGGUGUCGGUGGCUCCCAGCAGGGCGAGUUCCUUUGCUUCUUCCCUGCGAAGACGUUUGUCUGCAUUUUCCACGAAGCCUUUAGAGGCAGACAUAGGUGAGACUGACGAGCCUGUUCCGAUGUACCGUCUGGUUUUAGCCGGAGACGCAGGAGCUGGAAAAUCCAGCUUCCUGCUGAGACUGACGCUCAACGAGUUCAGAGGAGACAUUCAGACAACACUGGGAGUUGAUUUCCAAAUGAAGAGGAUGCUUGUGGAUGGAGAGAGGACGAACCUGCAGAUAUGGGACACAGCUGGGCAGGAGAGGUUUCGUAGCAUUGCCAGGUCCUAUUUCCGUAAAGCUCAUGGAGUCCUGCUCCUCUACGAUGUUACUUCAGAGAGCAGCUUCCUUAACGUCAGAGCGUGGGUGGAUCAGAUUCAGGAUUCAGCAGAGGAUAAAAUCCCCUUGUGUGUUAUUGGAAACAAGGUCGACCUCCGGGAGCAGUGUCCAGAGGGAAGCUGUGUGAGCAGUUUGCAUGGAGAGAAGUUGGCCAAGGCAUACGGCGCCUUGUUCUGUGAAACAAGUGCCAAAGAGGGAACCAACGUCGUCGAGGCCGUGCUUCAUCUAGCGAGAGAAGUAAAGAAAAAUGUCAAACUGAGGCGUCAGUCAGAUUCUCAGGUCAGGCUGAGUCCAUCCAACUCAAAAAAGACUUUUAACACCUGCUGUAGACUGUAGAUGAUUUAUAUCGUCUGGUGCGAUGGAACAAUGAAGGACACGCAAAGUGAUUUUUUUUUUUAGCUUUUUGAUGAACAACAUUUGUUUUAUGUGUUUUAACCUUUGAAAUAUUUGGUUACCAAGACUUAAAUAUAUUCUCAUAAAUGUUAAUUCUCUGAUCAAAAGGAAGAUAUGUUAAUGGAAAACAUGCGCGAAAACAUAAAUGCAUGUAAUGCAAUCAUGCUAAUAUUUUUGUUAGGUUUUGUAUUUAUUUGGUAAUAAAGCAUUUUUAUGAAGUAAGUAAGGAA